AAGAUGAUCAUUUCUCCGACGGUUUAAAUAACAGUAAAACCUUAUAUUAGGAUGGGCGUACCAAACAGAUAUCAGGUGAAAUUACUACCUACAUCUACAUAACAAUUUAAAAUAUGAUUUAUUUUCCCUCUCAAGUAGUUGUGUUUUAGUUAGUUGUUGGUGUUGACCAGUAUAAUAGAAUCGUGAGCGCUAAUUUUCUAAAAUGGCGAUUUCAUUAAAUUCGAACGCAUUUAAGAUUCAAAAGAGAUUGAUGAUUAUGACUGGGUUGUGGCCUAGAAGAGAUUCCGGCACACUCUAUCGCAUUUAUGGCGCCAGUCACUAUUGGUUACUAGCAACUUUUUCUUUAUCGUUACUUCUAAGUACCAUGGUGGUUAAAGACUUUUCGCAGUUAAUCCAAGGAUGGUCUAUGUUUGUAGCCAUUCUCAACUGUGUGAUCAAAUUUACAAUAUUUUACUUUAAAAUGCCGGUGUUCUUAGAUCUUUUAGACUUUCUCCACUCGCCUCAUUUUUCUUACCACAAGGAUGAGGUAGACCAUCAUCUCAAGCGAAUUAUCGACUUUGCCAUAGCAGUAGUAAAACUAUUUCUCUGCAGUUGUGUUACUACUGUAUUUUGCAUGAUAACAACGCCUCUUUUUGCUAGUAAAGGAACUCGUCUUACACCUCUACCCUUUCCUUUGGAUUUCGAAAAGCACUCCUUUCUAACUUACAUCUCGGUUUACUUGUAUCAAUGCUUGGGGUUAGCUUCGGCAUGCUGCUCCAGUAUCGGGUUUGAUAAUUUAUCUACAAGCAUGAUGGGUCUUUGUUCAGCUUAUUUUGCGAUAUUAACCGAAACCAUCAUAUCGACAACAAACGAAUUCCAAAAGAAAGCAAAUGAAAAUCAUAUCCGCAGCUACGAAAAAUUUGAUGAGCAAGUAUACAGUGAUCUAAGCCAAUGCGUGGAACAUCAUCUUGCUGUAAUUAAAUUUACUGAAACUAUCGAGAACAUUUUCUCUUACGUGUUUUUAAGCCAAUUUUUAUGCAGUGCGUUCGGGAUCUGUUUGGCUGGAUUUACAUCGAUAAACGCAAAGCCAGGAAGUGUUGAAUUCAUAUUUGCGUUAAGUUUCCUAGGCACACUUAUGUUCCAAAUUACAUUGUACUGUUCCUAUGGUAACGAAGUAACGAUUCAGAGUUACAGAGUCUUAGAGGCAUGUUAUAUGACGGAAUGGGUGUACCGUGGACCUAAAGUUCGUCAAAAUCUCUUUCUUAUAAUGGAGCGCUCCAAACGUCCAAUGGUUAUGACUGCAGGAAAAUUUGUAAACCUGUCGCUGUCAUCACUCGUUUCUGUGUUUAGAUCAGCAGCAUCUUAUGCAAUGGUUUUGUACCAACUGUACAACGCCUAAGGGAUACUAAGAUCCUUAUCAGUAUAAAAUGUGACUAAAUCACCAGCACCACAGAAAAAAAUCACCCAAACUGAUAUAUAGUGGCAUUGGGUCUCCUUAAAAGCGCAUCACGACCUUUGCUAUUAAUUAUUUAUUGUUCACUGUUCUAUUUUAACUGAC